CAACAAUCACAAUAUCUUCCUUUUGCACACUAGCUUUGGCUUUGAAAAAGAAACCACCCUUUCAUGGCAACCAAACACACCAAAAAUGAAAAAGAAAGCAAAAAACCUUAGUUGUAUGGAAACAACCUAGAUUUGGGUUCUUGCGAUCAAUGUUGAGGGUUUAAAUCUUUGUAAUCUUUGGCCUUCGUUGUUGUUUGCCUCAAUUGACUAUGUCCAUCAUCGAUCCAUGGCUCUCAUGACGAAUGGUUUUCUUAGAGAACCCAAAAUUGGGUUCUUUCUUAGCGAGAGAACCUAGAUCCGUGUUCUCAACAGAGAACCCACACAGAUCUGGAAAGGGAAGGAGGAGGAAGAAGAAGAAAAAGAUAGAAGAAGGAGGGAAGAGAAGGAAGAAGACUGUGAAAAAAGAAGAGGCAAAGGGAUGAGAGAGAAGAAGGAAGGAAGAAGAUGAAUAAUAUAAUUUAUAAAUAUGG